AUGAAAGCGGAUACACAAUCUGUGUUGGAGGAGGUAACCACUUAUGUGAACAAUCAUCGCAAGCAAAGCACCUGCACUGAGGGAAAGACAGCCAUAGACGGAGAACAAGCCUCCUAUCCCCCAUCCAAGCCGUACUUGCACCCGAUUCCGCCACUCUCCUCUGACACCAUCAUCAUCCCGCACGCGUCGUCCUUCAAACCUCCGCCUCUCUUCAAUCAUUUCUCACCCGUACCCAACAAAUUGAAUCCUUUCAUCGUGGUCGUCGACCGCCUGUGCGGGGAAGCUGUGCUGCGUGGCGCCGACGUCUUCGUGCGGGGCGUAUGGAGCGCGAGUGCUGGCAUCGCCUCGGGCUCCCGCGUGCUCCUUCUUAUGGACCUUCACCGACACUCCCAGCGAGGCUGCCUGUACGCCGACUACCAAGGCGAGGCCAUCUGCAUCGGGCAAGGGGUCGCCCUCGUCCCCCGUGCGGAGCUCGUCACCGCCACCCACGGCCUGGGUAUCCGGGUCACCCACCGCAUGGGCCCUCAAGCCCCGCCCCUAAACGGUUUCCUCCCUGGCCGUCUCUUUCCUCAAAACCUCCCUUCCCUCCUCGUCGGGCACGUCCUCGCGCCCUUGCCAGGCAGCACCGUCAUCGACUUGUGCGCGUGCCCGGGCGGGAAAGCCACGCACCUUGCCACGCUCAUGCGGGGGGAGGGCGUGGUGGUGGCGUGCGACCGGAGCCGGAAAAAAAUCAAGGCGCUGCAGGCGUUGGGGGAAAGAAUGGGGCUGCUCCCUUGCUUGUGCCCCCUCGUCUUGGACACGACCCACCCCGUCCUUCCCCCCUCCCUCCGGGACCGGCGGCACCUGCCUUCGUCUCACCCUGUGGCUGUGUUGGCCGCGGCGGCGAAAAAC